AUGACCAAGCCAGAAAUAGAGAAACAAGAAAACGGUACUGAGACGAAUGCAAGCGAUGAAGGAGCUCCAGAGGAGCCAACAGAUGAGAAGAAGUUGACCUUUGUGGAUGGAAAAGACAACACUGACAUGGCCAGUGAAACAGCUGUCUACUCAGCAGAAAACAAAGAUGCACAGUCUCCUGAUACGGAGGAAGGGGCGCCCGAGCCAGAAACCGAACGGGAAGACACCCGUCCUGAGGCGAACGUAGCUGACGAAGGUGCUCCGGAGGAGCCAACCGAGGACGAGACAUUGACGUCUGCGCUCGCAGCAGACCAGCCUGACGUGUCCGGUGACACGUGGCCCUUAAGCUCGGGACAAGAGGAAGACGUGGAGUCCCCUGACGAGGAGGAAGGGGCGCCCGAGCCAGAAACCGAACGGGAAGACACCCGUCCUGAGGCGAACGUAGCUGACGAAGGUGCUCCGGAGGAGCCAACCGAGGACGAGACAUUGACGUCUGCGCUCGCAGCAGACCAGCCUGACGUGUCCGGUGACACGUGGCCCUUAAGCUCGGGACAAGAGGAAGACGUGGAGUCCCCUGACGAGGAGGAAGGGGCGCCCGAGCCAGAAACCGAACGGGAAGACACCCGUCCUGAGGCGAACGUAGCUGACGAAGGUGCUCCGGAGGAGCCAACCGAGGACGAGACAUUGACGUCUGCGCUCGCAGCAGACCAGCCUGACGUGUCCGGUGACACGUGGCCCUUAAGCUCGGGACAAGAGGAAGACGUGGAGUCCCCUGACGAGGAGGAAGGGGCGCCCGAGCCAGAAACCGAACGGGAAGACACCCGUCCUGAGGCGAACGUAGCUGACGAAGGUGCUCCGGAGGAGCCAACCGAGGACGAGACAUUGACGUCUGCGCUCGCAGCAGACCAGCCUGACGUGUCCGGUGACACGUGGCCCUUAAGCUCGGGACAAGAGGAAGACGUGGAGUCCCCUGACGAGGAGGAAGGGGCGCCCGAGCCAGAAACCGAACGGGAAGACACCCGUCCUGAGGCGAACGUAGCUGACGAAGGUGCUCCGGAGGAGCCAACCGAGGACGAGACAUUGACGUCUGCGCUCGCAGCAGACCAGCCUGACGUGUCCGGUGACACGUGGCCCUUAAGCUCGGGACAAGAGGAAGACGUGGAGUCCCCUGACGAGGAGGAAGGGGCGCCCGAGCCAGAAACCGAACGGGAAGACACCCGUCCUGAGGCGAACGUAGCUGACGAAGGUGCUCCGGAGGAGCCAACCGAGGACGAGACAUUGACGUCUGCGCUCGCAGCAGACCAGCCUGACGUGUCCGGUGACACGUGGCCCUUAAGCUCGGGACAAGAGGAAGACGUGGAGUCCCCUGACGAGGAGGAAGGGGCGCCCGAGCCAGAAACCGAACGGGAAGACACCCGUCCUGAGGCGAACGUAGCUGACGAAGGUGCUCCGGAGGAGCCAACCGAGGACGAGACAUUGACGUCUGCGCUCGCAGCAGACCAGCCUGACGUGUCCGGUGACACGUGGCCCUUAAGCUCGGGACAAGAGGAAGACGUGGAGUCCCCUGACGAGGAGGAAGGGGCGCCCGAGCCAGAAACCGAACGGGAAGACACCCGUCCUGAGGCGAACGUAGCUGACGAAGGUGCUCCGGAGGAGCCAACCGAGGACGAGACAUUGACGUCUGCGCUCGCAGCAGACCAGCCUGACGUGUCCGGUGACACGUGGCCCUUAAGCUCGGGACAAGAGGAAGACGUGGAGUCCCCUGACGAGGAGGAAGGGGCGCCCGAGCCAGAAACCGAACGGGAAGACACCCGUCCUGAGGCGAACGUAGCUGACGAAGGUGCUCCGGAGGAGCCAACCGAGGACGAGACAUUGACGUCUGCGCUCGCAGCAGACCAGCCUGACGUGUCCGGUGACACGUGGCCCUUAAGCUCGGGACAAGAGGAAGACGUGGAGUCCCCUGACGAGGAGGAAGGGGCGCCCGAGCCAGAAACCGAACGGGAAGACACCCGUCCUGAGGCGAACGUAGCUGACGAAGGUGCUCCGGAGGAGCCAACCGAGGACGAGACAUUGACGUCUGCGCUCGCAGCAGACCAGCCUGACGUGUCCGGUGACACGUGGCCCUUAAGCUCGGGACAAGAGGAAGACGUGGAGUCCCCUGACGAGGAGGAAGGGGCGCCCGAGCCAGAAACCGAACGGGAAGACACCCGUCCUGAGGCGAACGUAGCUGACGAAGGUGCUCCGGAGGAGCCAACCGAGGACGAGACAUUGACGUCUGCGCUCGCAGCAGACCAGCCUGACGUGUCCGGUGACACGUGGCCCUUAAGCUCGGGACAAGAGGAAGACGUGGAGUCCCCUGACGAGGAGGAAGGGGCGCCCGAGCCAGAAACCGAACGGGAAGACACCCGUCCUGAGGCGAACGUAGCUGACGAAGGUGCUCCGGAGGAGCCAACCGAGGACGAGACAUUGACGUCUGCGCUCGCAGCAGACCAGCCUGACGUGUCCGGUGACACGUGGCCCUUAAGCUCGGGACAAGAGGAAGACGUGGAGUCCCCUGACGAGGAGGAAGGGGCGCCCGAGCCAGAAACCGAACGGGAAGACACCCGUCCUGAGGCGAACGUAGCUGACGAAGGUGCUCCGGAGGAGCCAACCGAGGACGAGACAUUGACGUCUGCGCUCGCAGCAGACCAGCCUGACGUGUCCGGUGACACGUGGCCCUUAAGCUCGGGACAAGAGGAAGACGUGGAGUCCCCUGACGAGGAGGUACGUGUGUCCUUUUGCUGUUUUUCUUCUUCUUCUGCUAGCUAACCGUCGUCGGUCGUGAAUACGUAAGCGGAU